AUGGCCACCACACAGUGCCCGGAGGAGGCGCCGGGACAGGAUGGGACAGAGUGUGGCUGCCAGGAGCCCUCUGCAGACACCUCGUUCCAAACUCACCCGUGUCUGAGGCGCUUUCCCCAGUGUCUCCCAUCCCCAUGGCAGCAGCCCUCGAGGCCAGGCCUCAGCGGGAUGGAGAAGAGACCCCCCAAAGUGCCCAGGAUAGCCUGGGAGGAAAAGAAGGAACACCCUGGGGCUGCUGCAGCAUGGCAGCCCAAUGAGGUAGAGGAGGUGCAGCCCCUGCAGGCGGACUGGAACCUGCUAGAAGAGGAGCAGCCAAGUAAUGUGUCUUCCGAGCAUGUGCUGGACAAGAGCCUUUCGGAACUGGCCCUCGGGGACCCCCAUGAUGCGGUGGUGACCCUCCUGCACCGGGCCCCGUUGUGUGACAGAGAGGCUGCGGCCAUCUGGAGGCAGAUGGUCUCCACGAGCAGGAGACCAGAGAAGGUGCUGCGGGAGCUGCUCCGUGUGCUGGAGGACUGGCCCCUGCACCGCACGUCCACCUCUGACGGCGACAGCAUCCACAUCUGUGCCCUGGCCGCAACCAGAGCCCUGCAGGAGAUCAGCCGGAUGCCCCAGCUCCCACUGUGCUUCCCACUGUUUUUCCCCCGCUUCUUCCGGGCUUUGCUCUUCCAAGUUUUCUGCAGCAUGGAGGAGCUGCCCGAGGAGGUCCAUGCCUUGUGGUUUGCGAUGCAGACCCUGAAAAUCCUGCUCUGCCGCCUGGGCCUUGAGGAUGUGGUGCUUGAAGCCCAGCGCAAGUGUGUCUGGGACACACUGCUCUACCCUGAGACCCGGCACUGUGCCAUGAGGAUACUGGCCAGGUGA